AUGUUUGCUUUAACACCUCUAAUAAUCUCCUAUCUCUUGAGUCUUUCUACUGCUAAUGAUGUAGAAAAUGAAAAUAAAUUUAGUACCAUCGAUCGAAGUGACCUUAUCGCUCAUGAGUUGGUCAACCCCUUUACGCCCUAUUUUCGUGAUUUAAAGUAUCGAGGUAAAAGAGUCUGUAAGGGGUUCUCAACGUGGCAAGAUGCUAUAUUCAACAAUCCGGAAAAGCUGAAGGCCAAUUUCAAUCGGAAUUGCACUCAUAUUUUGGGCAACUUAGUGAUUUCAAGCAUUCUUCCAGAUGUGGAUAUAGAAUUUCUCAACAGUAUCGAAGAGAUUUCCGGCUAUCUCUUCAUUCACCGAGUAACUAAACCGCACUUUAGUCUGCCCAAUCUGCGAAUGAUACGCGGAGAAGAUUCAAUUAGCAUAAAAGGACAAAAUUUUGCCCUCCUUGUUACUGAAACUUAUACAUCAAAUAGGGAAUUCAUGUCUGAAAUUGAGUUUCCUUCAUUAGUAGCAAUACUAAUGUACGGAGUAGGGUUUUUCGACAAUCCGGGUCUAUGCUACUCUCCGUUCUCUGUAAACUGGGAUGAUAUUCUGGAGUAUCCAGAUCUUCAACCGGUAAUAUUAGUCCCCAUGAACGACAAGGCAGCGAUGUUUAAUUGGCUUUCUGCAUGUACAGCUAGAUUCGAAAGUCCUUCACAGAGAAAUUUUUCGUCUAUAAUACCGACUGCUUGCACUAAUUGUCAAAACAGUGAAUUUGCAUUGAAUACGCCUGCAGUUAAAAUUCGCAGGGAUAUUAUUGAUCAGCUGAUGAUUACUUCUGAAAUUAUUACUGACCUGACAGCAGGGAAUGACUCUUUAAAAUCUACGUUGGAAGCUAUGGAAGGGAAGGUAUCCCAUUCAACAACAGACCAUAUGAUGCCAGAGGAAGACGAAAAUCCGGAAGUCUAUAUUGAUGACAAGGUCAAAUUCGAAAAUGAUGUAAAUGGCUUUGAAAAUGCAACCGGUUAG